UGUGGAUUGCAUUGAACUCUAGCUGAGCAACUUGCCAUGGAACCUUCGAAGGAAGCUCCUGUGGCCAGUGGUGCGUCCAAGAGCUUUUGGGCGAAAACAUGCUUGCUGGGCACCGCCAUGCUGGCAACCUUUGCCGUGCUCUCCCGUGAAGACGUGGGUGCUGCGCGCAGGUUGAGUGAUGCGCAAACCGCCGCACCCGCACCGGUCCGCGCUGCCGCAAACUUCACUGCUGCGGGCAAUUCUCCAGCACCCUUGUUGGGUGAUGGAACGGCAGUGGACUGGUGGUUUGCCUUCAAACUCACCACCGCGGCCUUCCCUCAAUGCAGUGCCAAACCCAGCUGCAGCUCGGCGUCCUGA